UCCGCCUCGCUGACUCGCAGAACCAGUUGGUUUGGCCCAGCUUCUUCUUUCCUGCCUUCUCCCUGUGUGUGCUGCUGUUGUUGUUGCCUGGUGUCAACCUACGCCGACGAGAGAAGAAGACAUAUCCCUCCCUCUCCUCUGUUAGAGGGCCGCUUCCAAUUUGCCUUCACUUUCCUCCUCGCCGGCACCAUUGGCUUCCGCGCCGUGCCAGUCAACUCGCCUCCUUUCCCAGCCCGAGUUGAGCAGCAACAGCUCGGAAACAUCUGGCCGCCGCAGAGUGCUAGACUCCCCGUCCCUCCGCCCGCUCGCCUCGGCAGCCUGUUAUGGAAAUUAGUCCAAAGUCAAUCUAGUUUUGUCUCCGAAGGACAAACAGAGAAGAAGAGGGGGGAUUUGACGGAGGAAGCAGGGAAGACGUUGGACCUUGUUGUCUGUUAUGAGGACGGCAGGAUGGAGUUCCCAGACCACAGCAGACAUUUACUCCAGUGUCUGAGUGAGCAGCGGCACCAGGGCUUUCUGUGUGACUCCACGGUGCUGGUGGGCGAUGCCCAGUUCCGUGCACACCGUGCUGUGUUGGCCUCCUGCAGCAUGUACUUUCACCUCUUCUACAAGGACCAGCUGGACAAGAGAGAUGUGGUGCAUCUCAACAGCGACAUUGUCACAGCCCCGGCCUUUUCCCUGCUCCUGGAGUUCAUGUAUGAGGGCAAACUGCAGUUCCAGGACCUUCCCGUAGAGGAUGUGCUGGCAGCGGCCAGCUACUUGCACAUGUAUGACAUUGUCAAGGUGUGUAAGAAACGUUUGAAGCAGAAGGCCACGGCGGAGGCAGACAGCACGCGCAGAGAGGAUGAUGGCGGGUCCAGCUGCUCUGAUAAGGCCGACAGUCUAUCAGAUGGUUCUACCGGCCGGCCCGCUACUGCCGACCUGCUGCACAGUGAUGAAGAAGAGGAGGGGAAGGCCGAGGGUGGACCGCUGUGGCUGAGGCUGCCGUCUGCAGACAGACCAGGGACACCAGCCAUGGCUACAACCAGCCCAGGCCGCGGUGAGGUGGAGACGCAGGGUGGGGAAGGUCUCGGGGAGGCAGGGAAACUGCUCUCCCCGGCCGGCAGCCCCACCAGCUCCACUGGAUCCCUCUCCCAGCGGUCCCACCGCUCCGUGGGCUCUCGUGGAGGGCACAGGGGCAGGAGGGUGUCAAAUGAUGCGGCUGACUGUGUCCUGGACCUGUCAGUCAAGCCAAUCGCCGGUAGCAACCACAGUAACCACCACCAGUCCUAUUUCAGCGGGGCAGCGACACCAGACAGCCUCCAAAGCCCAUUGGCUGUGAGGGUGAAGGUGGAGAGGGGCGUGGCUUCAGACGAGGAAGAGGAACUUGGAGGUGGGGACUAUGAAAUGGAGCACAGUGGCAUCACCAAGGCGACCGUUCCCAACGCCAACGGGGGCCUGACCCACCACGGGGUCGGAGGGCCUCUGUCAGCCCAGCGGCGGCUCGGCCUGGAAGCGCACCUGUCCGCUCUGCGAGAGGCCUCUCUGGCCUCUGAGCUGGAGCGGGAGGAGAAGCCUUCAGCCACAGCAGAUGAUGAGGACAUACUCGGGGGUGAAAACGAGCGCACCCAGGCCGAGGCGGCCAGCAUGGAUAAUUCCCUGCUGCCCUACGUCUCCAACAUGCUGUCGGCUCAACACACCCAGAUCUUCAUGUGCCCGCUGUGUAACAAGGUUUUCCCCUCCCCUCACAUUCUCCAGCUACACCUCAGCUCCCACUUCAGGGAGCAGGAGGGUAUCCGCUCCAAGCCCGCCGGAGACGUCAACGUGCCCACCUGCACCAUCUGCAGCAAGACCUUCUCCUGCAUGUACACGCUGAAGCGCCACGAGCGGACACACUCUGGUGAGAAACCCUACACCUGCACUACAUGCGGCAAGAGCUUCCAGUACUCACACAACCUCAGCCGCCACGCAGUGGUGCACACGCGUGAGAAGCCGCACGCUUGCAAGUGGUGCGAACGGCGCUUCACGCAGUCCGGGGACCUCUACCGACACAUCCGCAAGUUCCAUUGUGAACUGGUCAACUCGCUGUCAGUGAAGAGCGAACCGCUGGCACUGCCCAAUGUCAGGGAUUGGGCGAUCGAGGACAGCUCCCAGGAACUGUGGAAGUAGAAACAGACUGCUGGGUUUGAUAAAGAGAAAGCAAGGAAGUGGAGAGUGAAAGAAAGGCAGAGAGGCACGGGGAGGUGGAGGUGGGGAGGGGCAAAGUUUGAUAUUCGGGGUUUAAGUGAGUCAUGUUCUUGUGUGUCGCAAAAUCUCAUUCAAUUGCACUUUAAUAGCACAUGAAAAUGUUACUACUGAGUUUUUUUGUCGUUGCUGUUUGGGGUAAUUUUGUUUUAUUCUAUUUUAUUCUAAACUCUUACAUUUAUUUGGCGUAAGUUCUGUUUGGUGGUUUUCAUUGCGUCUAAGGACAUGGGUCCCAGUGAGAAUGUCUCGCCUUUUUGAAGAAUUUUCACUCUGUUUGUGUUUCAUCUCAGACACAACACUCCGACGCUGGCCAGCAUAUCGGUCCCAGUCCCACAGACAGCAAACACCACUGCAGGAGUUCAGGUCGAACACACUGAAGUGAAAAAGCAUUACAAUACACUAAACGGGUACUGUGAUCACCACGAGUCGAUACCACCACACACACACAGUUUGAAGAAGUCUGUGUGUGUGUGUGUGUGCGCGCGCGCGCGUGCAAUACUGCACUACUCUGGCAAAAAUUUCACCUGACGUGCGUGAGUGUGUAUGCGUGUGUUUUGUGUGUAUUAGUUUUAUUUUCUACUGGCAUGGAGGUGUCGUUGGCGAAGCGCUCCCCGCUUCUCUUGUUAAGCUCUUUGGUGUUGUGUGUUCAGGGGAAAGCUGACUGACUGACAGACAAACUGAUGGCACUCAUGCAAUGCACAGCCUCCUUUUUUCACUUCCAAUCAAUUUGAAGUAUUUUCUAAAAAAUGAAAAGACCUUUACAAAUUAUUAUAAUAAUAAUUAUUAUUAUUGUUAUUAAUAGAAUUUUUUUCUUAAAUCUAGCUGGCAGUCUUUAAAACAUCUCUUGUUGGAAAGGUAUUUAAUUUAAGGUUGUUGUAUAUUGUUCUGCUAUAGUUUUAAAACUUUAAUCCUUUACCAUUUUUUUAAAUUAAUGAUUAUUAUUAUUAUUAUUUUGUUACUUUUUUUGUAAUGGGACCUGCUGUUGUUGCAUGACGUCCAAACCUGUAUAUUUUAAAAUAAAAUGUGAAUUUGCUGUAUUACUGUACACAUUGUAAUUGAUCAAAUAUUUGACAACGGGCUUUCCUUUUCUUUUCUUUGUGAAUACUACUCCAGGGUGCGGUCUGUUGAAAAACUGAAUAUUAUUCUCGCGACUAUGGAAAAAAAUGCAUGAAAAUUUGAUUUUGUCUUAAACCUUUAAGUUGUGGAUUUUGCAUCGGGGGGGGAAAUGGUUGAACAUUACACUUUCGACAGUGAAAAGUUGGAUUUUUUUUUCUACUCGUCGUAGGUCUGUCGCUGGGCUCCUAGAAGAAUGUUACCGAAUGUGUUUCCGUCGGAUGUUGAAGCGAUAUGAUGAAGCAUUUGAAGCCUGUGUCUAUAUGCACUGAUCUCUCUGCUGCGUGCGUGUGCCUGUGUGUGUGUGUGUGUGUGUGUGUGCGUUUAUGAGCGUGUGACUUGGUUAUUACCAGUCAAUUUAACCUACUGAAGAUCUACGUCCACCCAGCACUUCCUCCUCCUCCUCCUCCUCCUCCUCCUCCUCAGGCGUUACAUUUCUCCACUGCUGCAUGUUUGUUUUCCAUCUCUCAUCUCCCCGUCCUCUCCAGCUCUAGACGCGGUCAAGCCAUUUCUUAAUUAUGUCUGCUCACUGGGCACUUGUUUCAGGUCUGCUGAGUGCAGUUUUGUGGCUCUGACUUGGCUAAAGUGUGAAGGAUACAGAGAGCGACAGGAAGGAGAGAGGCUGAAACUGAGCUGUCCUGCUGAAAGUUGAAGGGUCAGAUAUCUUUGUCACACUGUUGCAUCACGCUGAGCUGAGCUGAGCGGGACCGUGCUGAUUCAGUACAGUAACCCACCCAGCUCAGUGCAGCGCAUCUCACAUUAGACGCAGUGGCGUGAAUGUGAUGAGAUGUUUGUACGUGUGUGUGUGUGUGUGUGUGUGUUUUCCACUUAAAACAUAAUCCUUACUUUGAGACAGAUGGGAGAGAAUUGACAUGCCUGAAUGCACCUUUUUAAGCUAAAAGACAUGAAAUCAGAUUUUUGCUGAAAAGAUGCCUUUAUUAAAAACGAAAAAACAAAAAACAUUUCUGACGCUAUGGAAGUAUUUGAUACUGUAGAACAUUGAGAAAUAGUUGUUUAAAACGUAUAAAUUCAAGGAAUUUAUUGAAUUUAUCAGAAAAUUAUGUCUUAUAAUAUUUUGCUCAUGUGAUUGGAAAACUCUGUUUUGUAUGUGAAUGUUGUGUUAGAGUUGGGGCUACAUCAGUUUGAUAUUUUUUCUCUUUUUUUUUUUAACCUCUGUAUCACUAAAUUUUUUGUCAUAACUUUCAAAAAUAAUGGUCGAGCGUUUAUACAAUCCAAACACAUUCGACGUAGAGAUACUGAAAAGUGAAGGCUCCACAUUUCCCCUCACUCAGAUGUUGGUGAGUGUGUGUGUGUGUGUGUUUGUACAAGUGUGUGUGCAUGCCCCCACUGAUGUGCAUGUGGUGGGUGGGGUGAUUGUAUGUGCCGCCCUGUCAUCUGGUGGCACCUACAGGCUUUGCCAGUGCAACAGUGUGGGUGACAUUGCGGCAGUUUGCACCGCAUCGUCUCAUGUUUUUUUUUUUUUUUCUUCCACGAAAUGUUAUUUCUUCACUGGCAGCGUCUCUGCAUAUGGGCUCACUCCAUCCUGCUGUUGUUUUCAUCAUUACUGCUGUUUUUUUGUUCCGUUCUGUACCUCUGGUUGUACUUGACCGCCUUAAACUGCUGUAGUCCGGGCUGUUUUUUUUUUUCUCCUCUCUCUUUUAAUUUUAUUUUUUUUAAUGUGUGAGUGUAGGGUGGAGUUGUGCAAGCGAUGUCAACCGCUCACGACGCUGUGAAGUAACCACCCUGAUGAGACAUCUCCAUCUUUUGCUGUGCUUACUUGAAAACAAAGGGGGGAGUUUUUUUUUUGUUUGUUUGUUUUUUUGUUUGUUUUUUGUAAGGCAAGGUAUAAAAAUAAAAUGUUCAAAUGUCAUAGACAGUUUAUGGAAAUACAGAUUGGGGGGGUGGAGGGUGGGGGGCGUGAAAUGACUGAGUCUGUUUUUUGAAAAAGGACAAUCAAUGUCUGGGAAAAAAAACAAGCAGAUUUUGAUUGAGAUAUAUUUGCUCCCCCUUGAGAUUAAAAAAAAAUUUCUUUGCUUUUAUGUUCCUUUUUCAGAUUUAGUCAUUUUUAGCUUUGACAAUCAUAGUUGGGUUGAUUUUUUUUGUUUGUUUUUCUCAAGGGGAGUAAAUUCUAAUUGUGUUUAGUUUUGUAAUUUUUUGGUGUGUUGUUGUUGACAUUUUUAAAUUGUGUGCAAACUGCAAUAAAUUAUAAGAAUCUUGAAA